AUGAAGCCUACAAGCUCGCCUGCUGCAGCUGUAAAGGAUUUCAAGAUCCUCAAGAGUGGGCGAAGAGUUGAGUUGUCUUCUCAAAAUCUUUCAGCUUCCAGGCAAGGUACAGGAGGCAUUCAAGUGAAUUCAGAUUCUUGGAAAGAGGUCAGAGGGAAGCACUGGUGGAGAAAAUCCUCUGCAUUCAAUCCUCCCAACAACAAAGAGUAUCUGCAGUCAAGGAGGGCGCGCUUCCUGCAGCAUAUGGAAGGGCAUCCCAAUGGCCGCACUGAAGAAGCCGCGACCAAGAUAAUCGGGCGCAAGUGCUCGGUUCAAUAUGUUGAAGAAUACUCCCGCCGGCGCAACUACAGCUGCACCUAUGAUCUUUGGAUUUGGACUGAUGAGCCCAGGGCAAUCCCUCGUGGUGGCACUUUCGCCAUCACUUCUGCUGAUGAGGAAGGUCUGUCCACGGACAUUCCUCUGCCGGACUUGGAGCCGCUUCGCAACCCGCCGCCGUCAGACACAAAGAAGGGGUGGACCUACAAUGUCCUCGUUCAUGUGGAUACUCUUGAAGACCUCCUCACUCGCAAAGCCCAUGCCUAUAAGUGGGAGUAUGAUGUCCAAGAUGACGGUACUCGAUAUAGAGAGUAUCCUCUGCCUUGUAGAGCUGAGCCUGAUCCUUCAAGAGGGCCGACUGAUGAUGACGACGACAAAGACAGAGACAAGCCAAGUAGGUCCCAUCACAGGAGUCGCUCCCUGUGGGAUCGGCUUGGGCGCCGAUCCUCAAGCUGCAGCAGAGAGCCAGAGAGAGAUGACGGCCGGCGUCAGGGCAAUGAAGACAGGGGGCGCCCGCGCAACCGGGAACGCUCGGGUCCUCGUAGCAGAAGCGGUCGGUCUAGGGAGCCAAGUGAGGGGCAGGGAGAUGUCCUUUCCGUUCUGGAGAGUCAUCUUGACCCAAUGUUGCAUGAGGCGUCCGUGCAGCAUUCCAUCUACUCACCAGACAAUGCUCCUCCCCGUGUGGCUUCUCCUGUUUUUGUACUUUCUUCUUUUGCAGAACAGGGGACUCCGCAUACCAAUGGGGUGGCGACGGAUGUGCAGACUCAAGCCGGGCUGGUGGCGAGGCAGGGCAACAGGGUGGAAGAGUUCAUCUCUGCUCUCUCGACUCCUCUUCAGCAGCCGCUGCUACCUGCUCCCGACGUCAAUGCUCGUUGUCCAAGCUAUGCUAAGCGCUACAGGAAGCCUCUCUCUCCAUCCUCCUUGAAGACAAUCGCUGAGCUCGUGGAGAAGGGGGGAUGCAAGACCAUCCGUCUGAAGGCUGCAAAGAAGAAGGUGGCGGUCGCGCCCCUGUGAGCAGAACGCCUCAGGAUGAAGAUGGGCUGCACAACACCCAUGAAGAGCCUUUUGUGCUUGACCUACUUCUGCCUGUUGCUUGCUGUGUUAAAGCAGAGUUGUAGCGUCACCUUUUGCCUGUGUUUCUUCCAGUUUGGCUGGUUGUGUUUCGGCAAAAGCUUUGUUCCUUUCCUCAUCAACCAAAGAUGUAGUUGCAGCAGCUCAUGUUUCAAUGUCACAAGACAAUGUCUACCUGUUUAAUUGGAAUGUUAGGGGCCUGAAUUCAAAGGCGAAGCAAGACGCCGUGAAAAUUAUUUUGCAAUAAUAUGGUGCUACUAUUGUUUGUCUCCAAGAAA